CCGCCGCCACCGCCCGGGAACCGGGAGUCGGGCCGCCGUCAUGCUGAGCCGGCUCGGGGCGCUGCUGCAGGAGGCCGUGGGGGCGCGGGAGCCCAGCAUUGACCUGCUGGAGGCCUUCGUGGAACACUGGAAGGGCAUCACGAACUACUACAUUGAAAGCACAGAUGAAAACACCCCGGCCAAGAAAACAGAUAUUCCCUGGCGGCUGAAGCAGAUGCUGGACAUCCUGGUGUACGAGGAGAAGCAGCAGGCUGCGGCCGGUGAGGCGGGGCCGUGUCUGGAGUACUUACUGCAGCACAAGAUCCUGGAGACCCUGUGCACGUUGGGCAAGGCCGAGUACCCGCCAGGCAUGCGGCAGCAGGUGCUCCAGUUCUUCAGCAAGGUUCUGGCCCAGGUGCAGCAUCCCCUCCUGCAUUACCUCAGCGUCCACAGGCCUGUGCAGAAACUUCUCCGACUCGGUGGGACAGUUCCUGGAUCCCUCACAGAAAAGGAGGAGGUGCAGUUCACCACUGUCCUCUGCUCCAAGAUCCAGCAGGAUCCAGCCCUGCUCACCUAUAUUCUAGAAGGUAAAAAGACCGUCGGUAGGAAGGAGGCAUCCAGAGAAGCCACCGCCCUGCCGAGAGAGGCAGCCGGCGUCAAGGACAAGGAGCAGCCCCACAGCAAAGCUCCUGACAGGGGUGCCUGGGGGGCCCGGGCCUGGAGCACCCAGCUGCCUGCUGAGACCAAGGAGACGGAUGGAAGGACUGGGGAGAGCAACCUCAUCACCUCGCUGAUUGGCUUGUGCAAGAGCAAGAAAGGUCGGGUGGCCCUGAAGGCCCAGGAGAACCUGCUGCUCCUGGUAAGCGUGGCUUCCCAGGCAGCUGCCACCUACCUGGUGCAGAGCAGCCCUUGUUGCCCUGCCAUCGUCGAGCACCUCUGCCAGCUGUACCAGUCCCUGCCCAGCUUCCUGGACCCCGCAGACAUUGCCGCUUUAGAGGGCAUCAGCUGGAGGUUACCCAGUGCCCCAUCUGAUGAGGCUUCCUUCCCUGGCAAGGAGACCUUGGCUGCCUUUUUGGGCUGGUUUGAUUACUGCGACCACCUCAUCACAGAGGCACACACGGUGGUUUCAGAUGCCUUGGCAAAGUCUGUGGCUGAGAAGUUAUUUGUGGAGACUCUGCAGCCCCAGCUCCUGCAUGUGUCUGAACAGAGCGUCCUGACCUCCACCGCCCUGCUCACAGCCAUGCUGCGCCAGCUCCGCUCCCCUGCGCUGCUGCGGGAGGCCGUGGCCUUCCUCCUGGGCACGGACCAGCAGCCUGCAGCCCCCGAGGACAGCCCUCACACCCUGGGCGGCCACCUCGUCAGGCACUGCGACCACCUCUCUGAUGAGAUCAGCAUCGCCACGCUGCGGCUGUUUGAGGAGCUGCUCCAGAAGCCCCACGAGCAGAUCAUCCACGGCCUGAUCCUGUGCCACCUCGAGGGCCGCCCUUACGUGGCCCGGGGCUCACCCGAGCCCGAGAGCUACGAGGACACCCUAGAUCUGGAGGAAGACCCCUACUUCACAGAUGGCUUCCUUGACUCCGGCUUUCAACCCUCCACGAAGCCUCCCCCUGCCCCAGUCACCAACCCUGAUGGCAAAACAGCAGUGACGGAGAUUGUCAACAGUUUCCUCUGCCUCGUUCCUGAGGAAGCCAAGACCUCAGCUUUCCUGGAGGAGACCGGAUAUGACACAUACGUCCACGAUGCUUACGGACUGUUCCAGGAGUGCAGCUCCCGAGUGGCACCCUGGGGAUGGCCGCCGGCCCCCACACCCCUGGACCCCCACGAGCCCGAGCGGCCUUUCUUUGAGGGUCACUUCCUCCGAAUGCUGUUCGACCGCAUGUCCCGGAUUCUAGAACAGCCGUACAGCCUGAACCUGCAAGUGACCUCAGUCUUGUCCCGGCUCGCCCUCUUCCCCCACCCCCUUAUCCAUGAGUACCUCCUGGAUCCCUACAUCAACCUGGCCCCUGGCUGCCGGAGCCUGUUCUCUGUGCUCGUCAGGGUGAUUGGGGACUUGAUGCAGAGAAUUCAGAGGGUGCCCCAGUUCCCAGGCAAACUUCUUCUGGUGCGCAGGCAGCUGAUGGGCCAGGUCCCCGGGGAGCAGCUGGACCACCAGACCCUCCUCCAGGGCGUGGUAGUCCUUGAGGAAUUCUGCAAAGAGUUGGCUGCCAUCGCUUUCGUCAAGUUCCCCCCACAUGGUCCUCACCUGCGCCUCUCCGAACCCCCGGAAGGGCACGUCUGAACCAGGAACGUGGCACCUCUGCCCAAGAGCUGCCUCCCGCCUGGCACUGCUGCCACCACUGUCCUCCCAGGGUGGGGGCUUGGCUCCGUCUCCUUCACAUCCCAGGGACCUCUGCCUGGGUGGAGG